UCGCACCCAGCCCCGCGCCGCCGCCGCCUCGGCAACUGCACCGCCCGCAAAAAUGGCUCAGUAACUCUAACAAAAGGUGCAGCCUCCCUCCCGGCGUGGCGGACGCCAGGCCUCCCAGCUCGGGCCGCACCUCCUCGCAGGCCCGCCGAAGAGCUCUGCGUCCCGCACGCACCCCAGGCCCGCGCGGAGGAAGAUGCACCAGGCGUCCCACCCCAGAGACCCCUGCACACCCGCCCGCAGCUCGAAACCUUGACUUUGAAGAUGGUGAGUAGCCAGCCAAAGUACGAUCUAAUACGGGAGGUAGGCCGAGGUAGUUACGGUGUUGUGUAUGAAGCAGUCAUCAGAAAGACCUCUGCACGGGUGGCAGUGAAGAAAAUUCGAUGUCAUGCACCUGAGAAUGUUGAACUAGCCCUGCGUGAGUUCUGGGCACUAAGCAGUAUCAAGAGCCAACAUCCCAAUGUGAUUCACUUGGAGGAGUGCAUCCUACAAAAAGAUGGGUUGGUGCAAAAGAUGUCCCACGGCUCUAAUUCUUCCCUUUAUUUACAGCUUGUAGAGACUUCAUUAAAAGGAGAAAUUGCCUUUGAUCCCAGAAGCGCCUAUUAUUUGUGGUUUGUGAUGGAUUUUUGUGACGGAGGAGAUAUGAAUGAGUAUCUGUUGUCCAGGAAACCCAAUCGUAAAACUAACACCAGCUUCAUGCUUCAGCUGAGCAGUGCCCUGGCUUUCCUGCAUAAAAACCAGAUCAUCCACCGAGAUCUUAAGCCUGAUAACAUCUUGAUUUCUCAAAGCAGGUUGGAUACCAGUGACUUGGAACCCACAUUGAAAGUGGCUGAUUUUGGCCUAAGUAAAGUUUGUUCAGCCUCUGGGCAGAACCCAGAAGAACCUGUCAGUGUAAACAAGUGUUUCCUUUCCACAGCCUGUGGAACAGAUUUCUACAUGGCUCCUGAAGUGUGGGAGGGACAUUAUACAGCAAAAGCUGACAUCUUUGCUCUGGGGAUUAUCAUCUGGGCAAUGCUGGAAAGGAUCACAUUCAUAGACACGGAGACAAAGAAGGAACUCUUGGGGAGUUACGUAAAACAAGGAACUGAGAUUGUGCCUGUUGGGGAGGCGCUUCUGGAAAAUCCCAAAAUGGAACUUCUCAUUCCUGUGAAGAAAAAGUCUAUGAAUGGGCGAAUGAAACAACUGAUUAAGGAAAUGCUGGCUGCAAACCCUCAGGAUCGUCCAGAUGCUUUUGAACUAGAACUCAGAUUAGUACAAAUUGCAUUUAAAGAUAACAGCUGGGAAACGUGACAUAUAUUAUUUGCAAAUAUCUUGGAUGAUAUGCUGCUUCUGUUUUAACAGUGAUGCAACAUAAUGUGGCUGAAAAAGAAUAUAAAAAGCUAAACUCCACCUCCUAAGGGUUUAGAUUUUAUUGUGGGAUUUCUUUUUUCCCCUCAUUUUUUUCUUAAGUCCAAGCUGGCCAUUUUGUUAGUAUGUUUUAAAUGUGUAUUACCAAUGUGGGUGUAAAUUUUUUUUAAAUCAUUGGUAGAAGUUGGACAGAAAAAUUCUCUUAAGAGCCAAGAAGAAAGGAGAGUCCAGUUUUCUGGAAAUAUGUCUCUAUGUAUUUUAGACAUUCCUUGUCAGUAUUAGGAAUUUCCAUGGAAGAAGAGGUUUGCAUGCUGGUAAUGCAACCUUUGAAGCUUUGUAAAGGAAACAUAUAUGUAUAUAUUUAUGUAUAUGUAAGUAUGUGAAUGUGUGCAUUUUGCAUUCCAUAUGAAGAAAAUGCCACUUCUGUUUAAAUUAUUUGAUGUAGGUUUGGGUUUUGAGGUUUGCUGGUGAAAUCAGUGAUGAAAAAUAAAAGAACCUUCCCUCAUCUUCCUACCCUGCCCCUCCCUCUAAUGAAAUCAUACUAAGUUUUUUUUAAUUUUUGUAAUAUUAUACAGCUUUUUUUAAAGGCAUCAUUUUGGAGGGUCUAAAACAGUCUAAACAUAAAUGAAAUUAAGUGAUCCAAAGCUGCUGAAGUAUGUUUGAGCUCUCCAGUGCCCUAUAGCUGCAGGAGUAGAACUAGCCAUGCAAUCAUAUGGUAGCAGGUUGGCAAGGACAUUGGUGGUGAUUCAGUUAUACCUUCUUUAGGUGGCCAAGCAGUCAAUUCAAUAAAACCACUGCGUUGGGACAUGUCUGCACUUAAGCAUCAGCUAUCUGACAUAAAUCUGAACACAGGAUUUUUCUGUUUCUGAAAACGUUGCUAUACAUAUGUACUAUGGAACUUGAUAUAUUAAUUUUUUAUUUCAAGACUUUGUCUAAGCCUCAGCAUAAAGUUGAAGAAACCAAAUGGGCUCUACCCUCACAUUGCCUGCCCUAAUAGGGUGUCUUGUUUCAUCACUGGAAUUUCUUUCAUUUUGGCACUAACACUGUUUUCUCUUGUUUAAUUUGACACAGUAAUGAUGGUGAUAUGGUUGUAUUAAAUGUUGAUUACCUUUUUCUAAAGUGGAAUAUGAUAUCUAUACAGAUUGGCAUCAACUAUAUCAAGUAGAAAAGUUAUAGAUUUUAUACAAUCACUUGGUAUGGUCUAUGUCCAACCCAGUAGACCAUUAUUUUUCUUGAAGUCAGUUUGAUUUUAACCCUACAUGAUCGUUUCCAGUUUGUUUUCCUGUAAAUGCAGAUAGUUAAAAUCUAAGGAAAGAAGGUUUUUCUAAAACAGAGCAUUAGAACAUUGGCCUUUAAGGUUAAGAUAAUUGUAUCUAGGUUAAUCUUUAUAAAGCAUUAGAAUCUUUGGUCAAAAGUUUUAAAAAAAAUUAGAAUAUUGAAAUAAUUGAUAGUUUUGCAUAGUCUCCUCAGCUUUUUUGAACUUCUAUGACUUUUGGAAUAUUGUUAUCGUAUUUUUUCUUAAAAUGUGUUCAGGGGACUUUAGAAGGUGAAAAAGCACAAAGAAAUUGGAGUACGUAAAAUUUCUGAAUGAUACAUUACUUGAUCUGGAAGUUUAAAACUUGGACUGAAAGGUUUUAUUGAAAUAAAGCCUUUUAAAAUGAAAAAAAAAACACCCAUAUACUUUAAACACCGUUUUUGAGAUAAAUUAGAAGUGCGACAAUACACUGGAACCUCGUAAUUGACCCUCUGUAUCACCAAAUUAGUAUAACAUCUGGCCAAAGGGAUUGAGUUACUGGAAGUAAAAAGCAUCAUUAUAAUGUCUGUCAACAUAUUCGUAAUGAUUCAGGUGAUGGUAUGCCAGUACUUAAUUUGCUCUUCAAAUAUCUAUGUGCUUGGUUUCUUAAGUACAUAGUUUUUGUUCCUGCCUCAUUUAAAAGAGUUAACGAUUAUCAUUUAUUCUGAAAGAUUAUGCCUGUGAAGUAGAAUUCUUUCUUUCUUUCAUUGGUGGUAAGGGUGUGAGGUGAUCAGGAAGUUUCUUCUGGAAUUUUCUCAAGUCUUUGUAUUCUAACAUAGCCUAUAAUACCAAGCAAAAUGAUAGUAAAUUCUUUGUCUUUAUUUGUUCUUUCAGUCAGGAGGUAUUUAUUAAGUACCUACUGUGUGCUCAGCACUAAAGAUCAGUUGAUAAAAUGACAAUUUAAAAAAAGUGUAUAGCCACAGGUCUUUUCCAGCCAGGAGUAAGAAAUAAAAGAUGAUUAGCUAUACUUGAAAAUUCCUGGAUAUUUUCUAAAGGAAAAUGAAAGCAAGAAAUGUGCACAGUGCCUUGCCCAUAAUAGGUACUCAAUAAAUAAUUUUUCUUCGUAGAGUCUCUUGCCAUGGUGUAUAGUAUUUUAUGAAAUUUGUCUUAAUUGAAAAAAGACCAAAUAUUUCAAAUAAACUUAUAGGCAGCUGUGGCCAGUUAAAAUAUGGGGUUGUACAGUUAGUUCCUAGAAUGUUAUUUUGCACUAGGUGUCACUUAGAAAGAUGGGGUUCCUGUAGAUUUUUUGGUGCUAAGGGAUACUUUAUCAUUAUGAUGAAGUAAGUGUUAAAUGUCAGAUAUAAUAGCACACUGAAUAGUUCUUUCUGCUGGUCUGUUUUUUCCUCUUUGUUGUUGUUGUUUUUGUAAAAUGUUUAUCAAACUAUUGUAGCAGCUACAAAAUAAUUCACCAGCAUGACAGAAUGGUCAAAAUAUAAGUCAUCAGCACUUCAAAAAUGAAAGCAACUUUUGAAAUUUUCUUUUAAAAUUGUCAAAUAUAUUUUAUGAAGAAUUUAUAAAAGGGGGAAAUAAUUGUAAUUUAUUGUUCAUGACUUUUUUUUUAAAAUAAAGUGAGUUUCAACAAAA